AGGAAACCCACGCAGACACGGGGAGAACAUGCAGACUCCACACAGAAUGAGCAGGGAUCGAGCUAAUGUCCUGUGCCAUCGUGCCGCCCCUUGUAAAAUAAGGUUUUGUACAUCACUUGCAAGAGUUCAACCUGUAAGGUGUGCUGAUGAUGUUCCGUUCAUCUUGCUUAACUCUACUGCUUGGAAGGGAUGCAGACCAACCUGGUUACAUAUUUAAGUAUAUUUUUGUUUAUUUGUAGUGCUAAAGGGAUCACGGGUACUAGGACUGUGCUUUACCCUUAGAGACAGUGGGGUCUGUUGGCAGUGGGUUUCAACACAGCGAAUUCUGCAUUCUUACCCGGCUGGAACUCCUGAGUCCUAUAGCUUAAACUGAGUGAAAUCUUUGUUUUUAUAUUAAUUCUUUGGAACACAAUACAGUGGAAUUGAAAAAGGGCAAUAAAUGCCAGGGGAACAAACACUACUCAAAAAGCCUGAAAUGAGAGCAAAAGUAAAUGGUCUAUAAGCCUUUAUACUUCCUGGAAAUCAAGAAAACAUUGAUGUGUAGCUUGACGUCACCACAAAACUCGAGAGGUUUUUCGCUAUUGCGUUUAUUUUUACAAACAUGAAAUCUUGCCAGUUUAAUUGAAUUGUAUUUUUUUCUUUGUCUUUAUCAGUGUCAUAGAAACCAAGCAGUACAUCUUUAAAGCUCUGUCUAUGAGUCAGGACUUCACUGUGAGCAUCCCUCUCGGGGAAUAGACAUCAGUCGGCGCUUGCCUUCAUGUCGAGUCUCUCGAGUGCCCGUACGAUACUGACUUGGUUCCCAUUCACCUGCGGGCCAGAAAAACAGCUGCCGGCUCCCAGGCCUGUGAACUGAAAGGAGUUUGUCCCGUUCGCUCCUCAGUGGCCUCUUGUGGAACACUGGACCACGGAGGAAGAAAGUGAUGCACAUGCAGUGAGACCUUCUGAAGAACAUCUAUCAGUGUUGCCCUGAUACGUCUCUGGAUUGGGCUGGCGAUGGCCGCACCACCAAGGAUACUUCCUAGGCUCACAACCCAUCCCUUGUUGUCAAAACUUGUUUCCUGCCAAACUGUACACAGCGACUCGCGUCAUGUUCUGGUUGAAGAGUGGCUUUGGAGUAAGCGAGCGCACUUUGAGAACCACGUAUCCAUCUCCCCAUCUGUUGGUGAAAUACCCUUCUGUUUACUCUGAGUUCUACUUCACUUUGAUUAUUGAAAAGAACAAAAAUCUGCUAAAUGAAUAAAUGUACAUAGCUGUGGGAUUGCAGUGUGUCCAGCUCAGAGGAGAGACAUUUAAAUCCACUCAUGAUGGUCAAGCGCCCAACAUAUAAUCCUAGAUCAAUGAUGACCUCUUAUAACCGAGGCGUAGUUGUUUGUACUUGGUUGUAUUUUCUGCUCUUUGUGAGUCUUAGCGUUUUGCUCUGUUCAGCCCGAAAAGUUGGGUUUCUGUAGUUCUGGAAGUGUUUUUCAGGCCUGCAAAGCUCUCUUCUGUGUUUCUAAGCUCUCCAGCAUUGCCUUUGCUCCGAGACAGGGCAGAACAGGAAGCUGGUGUUUAAAAGUGGAAGUCCUUUGUGUUUUUCUGAUUUAUUUGGGCACAUCUGCGGUAGCGGGCGGGACUCGAAGCGGACCCUUGCUGCCGUGGUGAGCUGGGAGGAACCAUGCAGCUGGAAACGGUGGCCAAGCUGGGUCUUCCCUUGGCUGGACUUCCCUGUAGGAAAGAGGGUUUGGGUUUAUGGGAGUGAAAGCUUCUCCUUGGCCUGUUUGCCCUACCAGGGUUCAUGUUGUUGCAGCUCUUUGGUAAUGUAUGAGUGUGUUGAUUGACCCUUGAUGUACGCUGUAGAGUAUGGUUUACUUUUUAUCAAAUGGCACCAAAGGGAGCAUUUUGUUGUUGACCUGUAAAUGUCACCUGUGGAGAUCUCCUGAGGAAGUCCAGGCUGAUGUGCUCUGAAUGUUGGUCUCUCUAGGGACCCUUUGCUUCUUGGAAGCAUCUUGUAAUUUUUUUUAACUGCCUUCUGCAGCAGUUCAGAUGUUCUUUUCUUUCUUUCCUUUGCCAAACCGCAGAUUGUACAAUGAGUUUGCAAAAUGAAGUGCCACGAUUCAUGGGAAUCGUGGUGAAAUUGCUCUGACCGGUAAUGGCUAGUUAAUACAGGUUUUGAAAACUUGCAAAAUUUUUUGAAUGGAAGAUUGCUUGGGUUCCAUCAACAGUAUAGUGGCUCAGGGGUCUAGAUUCACUCAUUCAUUCAUUCUUAGAUGCCAUUGAACAAUGAGGAUUGUGCAAAAUGAUGUAACACUGUCAAAAAUUAGUUUUAAUUGUGAAAUGAAUGAGAUGCCUGGAAUGCUUGUUUUGCUAAACUGUAUGUGAGUGUAUAUAGUAUAUAUCUAGUGUAUAUUUAAAGUAGGCUGGCAGCAGGUGAUGUAUGAUGUAGUGGUUAGAGCUGCUGCUUCUGCACUCGGGAGUCACAGGUUUGAAUCCCACUUAUUGCUCUAGUGCCUUUGAGCAUGGUACUUGCGCUGAACUGAUACCAUGAAAAAAUUGCACUUUUUUUUUAUUUAAAUGGGUAAAUCAGUGUAAGUCACUUUGGAGAACAGUGUCAGCUAAGUGAAUAAAUGUGAAGUAACCCAUCAUAUAGUGCUACUCCUUCUUGUUCCUUCCCCUGUUUUAGCCACACCGUGCGACUCAGAUCAGCUUAGUGGUGUAGACCGGGGUUUUGAAUUGAAGAACUCAAAGACAAUAAUGUUGUUUGAGGUUUGUAAAUAAUCACUCACUUCAGUGUGCUUUGUGAAGAGAGCUCUUCAGAAUUCAAUAUUCCACCCACGCUUCUUGGAGGAAUCCCCUUCAUCCUAUUGUGAAGGCACCGUCUGGAGUCCCCCAUGAUUCCUAUAGCGUAAGCGCUUAUUAAGUGAACAUUGUUCCAAGGUGACUCAAUGUGUUGGGUGUUUAUAACAGAAAUAGACAGAAGUCCUUGUUACUUUCUCUCUGUCCACGUAGCUUAGAUUCUUCCAGCCACCAAAACAAAGUGAACACCCUCCUGCUUCUAAGUUUAAUUAAAAUGAAUUUUAUGUCAUCCUGGGGCCUACAUCUCGACCUGUUCUGAUGCACUCGACAAGUAGGAGCAUCGCAUUGGCUUCAGUUUUACUCCUGAUGAAUGGGCAUCCGUGUGUGGAAAAGUCCUCCCGUCUGCACUUCUUUUAGUAUCCAUGAACAUAGUUUUAAGCUCAUACUCAGAACUUGUCUUGCUUCUCUAUGGCUUCACAGGAGAUCUCAGCUGUGUUUUGAAUGUCAGACCACUCCGCUGGGAAUGUGAUAGGAGUCAGAUUCACUGGAAUGGAGUUUGCCUAACUGCUCAAGAAUUCUUUAAUGAAGAACUUCAUUUGUCUCCUUUUAUUUUUGUUAAAUCACAACCCAGAUGUUGUUUUUGACUAAAAAAUGAAGUGUUAUGCGUAUUACAAAUCGCUGUGGUCCAAACCUCAAUCUCCUUUUACAAAUAUGGUGUUGACUGUCACUUGAAUUUUGGAACUUCUUAGGCAGUGCCUCUUGACUAGCCCUGAUACAUACUGUACCUUGUUCAGUUGUGCUGUGUUUGUAUUUGCUUUUUCUCGGUAUGCUGAUUCUUUCUCCAUUUAGGGUUACCCACUUGUGUCCCGUUGUCUAUGAAAUACAGAAUAAAUUAAAGGAAGACAUUGGCGGUUGAAGUUGCUGUGUUCUCUGUAAUAAUGCAGGACAGCCAUAAAUUAAAAAAAAACCUAGGUGCCAUGAUUGUAUUUCACAGUAUUUUGUUUUUGGCUGCUUAAGUGUGAAAUUGUGAAGUUUGACCGUACGACAUGGGGAAUUUGGAGCUGUUCCAAAGCCAGGCUUGGAGGUGAUUCAGGGAGAAGGCUGAUGUACAGGAUUGGUGGCUUCAAUGGCGGGAGUUUUGGCUUCGAGUUGUGUGGUCAGGUAUCAGAGGACAGUGGGUCAUGGUGGCGGCUCCUCCUGCCAUGCGGGAUAUUGCUAUUGCUGAAUCACUAGGGCAUGAAGAGCACAGCUCUCACAGCAGAUGCGCACACACACAUUGCUGCAGCAGCAGUGUGUGUAAAGUGUACGUGCUCUCCCAUAGUACGGCUAUGUGUACGGUACUGUCACUUUACCAAAAGCAUCUGCAAAGUUACAUGCAGCCAGUAUGUCAAUUUCAUUGGUAUGUGUUCGACUUGAUUACAGUGCCGAGAAUUUUUUUUGCAGCGCCUGUGGUUUUUCUGUGUGCUUUGCGUAUGUUUGGGAUGUACCCAAAGUACAAGUGCUAGAGUUUCUUCCGUUCAGCGUAAUUUAUGAUGAUGUUCAAGAUGGGGUUCCAUGUAACUCCGGUACCUUGGCUCAUGCUUUUGGAUUUUGCGCUCCUCCUGAGAGCUGAGGGGUGCGAGACAUUUACUUACUUGACAUUUACACUCAUUUAUUCAUCCGAUACUUUGCUCCGAAGCGCUUUACAGCGAUUUAGUCUGUUUCAUUUAGCUGACGCCUUCAUCCGAGGAGAUUUACACUGAAUUCCCUACAGUCAUUGACAUAUCUGCACAGCAGAGCCGAUGCAACACAUCGAGGAACCUGGAGGAAACCCACACUUUGUUAAACCUCAGAUGGUCCCCCGUGCCGUGUGACACCUGAGCGUGGACACCUGUUAGCCUUGCUGCAACCUUCAGCAUGUCUGGAAUCCAGACAUCUUGGCCACCUGGCACAGAAUGUGUCGCCAAAUACAACUUCCAGGGCACGACGGAGCAAGACCUGCCCUUCUCCAAGGGGGAUGUCCUGACCAUUAUCGGAGUCACUAAGGACCCAAAUUGGUACAAGGCCAGAAACCCAGUUGGGAGGGAGGGAGCCAUCCCUGCCAAUUAUGUCCAAAAACGGGAAGGUGUGAAGUCUGGAGGCAAACUCAGCCUUAUGCCGUGGUUCCAUGGGAAGAUCACCCGGGAGCAAGCUGAGCGGCUGCUCUACCCACCUGAGACAGGCCUUUUCCUGGUACGGGAGAGCACCAACUACCCUGGGGACUACACGCUGUGUGUUAGCUGCGAGGGCAAGGUGGAGCACUACCGCAUCAUCUACCAUAACGGCAAGCUCUCCAUCGACGAGGAGGAGUAUUUCCAAAACCUCAUGCAGCUUGUGGAGCAUUAUACCAAAGAUGCAGAUGGGCUCUGCACUCGACUCAUCAAUCCCAAAGUCAUGGAGGGCACGGUGGCAGCCAAGGACGAGUUCUCCAGAAGUGGCUGGGCUUUGAACCGCAAGGAGCUGCAGCUGCGCAAGAUCAUCGGGAAGGGCGAGUUCGGAGACGUGAUGGAAGGUGACUACAGAGGCACCAAGGUGGCUGUGAAAUGCAUCAAACACGAUGCCACCGCUCAGGCCUUUCUCGCCGAGGCCUCCGUCAUGACGCAACUUAGGCAUAACAACCUGGUUCAGUUGCUGGGUGUAAUUGUCGAGGAGAAAGGCAUCCUUUACAUUGUCACAGAGUACAUGGCCAAGGGAAGUCUUGUGGACUACCUGCGCUCGCGUGGCCGGACAGUGCUGGGAGGGGACUGCCUGCUCAAGUUCUCACUGGACGUGUGUGAAGCCAUGGAGUAUCUGGAGGCCAACAACUUUGUCCACCGGGACCUGGCAGCACGCAACGUCCUCGUGUCGGAUGAGAAUAUCGCAAAGGUCAGCGACUUUGGUCUCACCAAGGAGGCGUCGUCCACACAGGACACAGCCAAGCUGCCUGUCAAGUGGACAGCACCUGAGGCCCUCAGGGAGAAGAAGUUCUCCACCAAGUCAGACGUGUGGAGCUACGGCAUCCUGCUGUGGGAGAUUUAUUCCUUCGGCCGUGUGCCUUACCCCAGAAUUCCCCUGAAGGAUGUGGUGCCACGAGUGGAGAAAGGCUACAAGAUGGACCCCCCAGAUGGGUGCCCGCCCAUGGUCUAUGACAUCAUGAAGCAAUGUUGGAACCUGGACCCGGUGGCACGACCCAGCUUUCGACUGCUGAGGGAGAGGCUGCAGCAAAUCAGGGCCAAGGACAUCUACCUUUAAAGGAGGAACUGAGGACAUGUCCAGGUCAGCGUAAGGCCAGAAAAUCUGCACUGACUCCUGGACUGGACUGGACAGCUCGACAACACGGGGUCUACCCCCCCACCCCCCACCCCCACACACAAAUGCGGAUCCCCCACAGCUCCAUUUUUUGGCCAUGUGUGUUCUGAGGUGUGACUUAAGCCUGCACUGAUGUGACUAACUGUGGCAGCUGUCACUCACUAAUGGCCUCGCAUAUCCAUUGCUGAUAUGGUGUUGGUGCCAGGCUUCGGGGUGAGGCAGCCGUGGGCCGGUUCUUGAGGGGAGGGGGGGCGAGGACUGCCCUGUGCAUGGACUCUUCAGGGUGACGAGAAUAAGCGAGAACUGUUGUCCUUUGGAUGUGGCAGCACUGGCUCUGCUUUUGCUGUCCCUCCCAGACAAAUACCACAUGUGAAGUUAACAUAUGCAUUUGCCUAGAUAAUGUUUGUCAUUUUGAGCCCUGUUGUUUUUCUUCAAUUGCUUAUUUAUACUUUUCGUUACAGAAAUAAAACUGAGCAUUGCCUACAAUGCGCUUCCAUACGCCGAAAACCUUGGUCGAGGCUGAACUACCAAGAAUGGGACCGGCAGCCAUAAGUUCUGUUUACCAUACACACAGCAGCUGGCAUCACUAAACCUCGAAUAGUGGUUAGUUCAUCAAUUGUCUUUAAUGGGCGUCGGCUCCAUCAUUAAGUGCAUUUACAGGAAUAUUUGCAGGUAGUAACAAUAAAACAUGAGUUGUUUGUUAUCUCAUAAAAUACUAUGAUUUUGUUGUUAUGUGUGUGCUAGUGGUCCCAUCCGUGCACAUUUUCUUCCCAAUCUAGGAAGUGUGCUGUGUUGGGGGCAGCAGACAGUAUUGUGGUCACUGCUGUUCCUUUGGGAUCAGAAGGUCACAGGUUCAAUUCCCACCCUUGGCUGUAGUGCUCUUGAACAAGGUGUUAAGAUACAAGGUGCUAAGAUUGCAUGUCAAAACUCUAGUUCUUUAUAUGGGAAGGUUAUAGCACUCUGUAGAGGAGUGUCAGUGUCUAAAUGAGUAAAUGUGUGGGCAGUGGCCUGGUGGUGUUUCUGUUUACAGCAGCAGAUAUUGUUAUCAAUCCUGUAAAAGACCUCUUUCACAUUUCAGUUCUCAGUAGAGCUUCCUGUAGUGUGUGUAAUUAAUUGUAAAAUGAACAUUCUGAAAUGUUUUAAACUUUAGUCUUCCUAACUAGGUGCCAUUACAAAGUCCAGAUCCCCUAAUUGUGACACUGAACAUGUGAUAAGUCCACCUUCCCCUCAUGGAUAGAUACAUCAGACUGCACUGGUGGAAAUCACCUUUGUAUGUUGUUGAUAACUCUCACACAGAUGGAAGACUCAUGACAAGCAGGGCACCUGGUACCCUGGGGAACAGACACAGGAUCAAAAGUAAUGGAUCAAACUGAAUGACGACAAAACUGAGUAAAAUGCGUCUAAUUAGAAAAAUGAUUUUGUACAAAUGCAGAAAAAAAUCGAAGUAGGAUCUAUAGAAAGUAGGGAUGUUGAUCUUUGCAUUAACAGUACAUAGUAGAACAGCUCAACAACUUUAAAAAUAAAACUUUCUGCAUAUAAGUGUCUACCUUUAAAUGAAGUUAUGUUCUCUGUCAGUUUGUCACACAACUGGGCAGAGAAUACAUAAAUUAAUCUUGCAAUAUUUUAUCAGUGUGUGGAAGCAGUAUUGUUUUCUGCAUGAAAGACCAACUAACCAACAUCUCCAACCGCCUACCCGGCAACACGAGGCACAAGGCCGAGGGGACAUAACCAGGACAGGUUGCUAGUCUGCUGCAAGGCACUCCAAGCAGGGCUCCAACCCCAGACCCACCAUGCCCCCGCAUGAAAGACUAAAUAAAUUUUUAUUCUUAUAAAGCCAAUAAAUAAGAAGUGUACUGAAGAACAGAAACCGUGGAUAUGAAUUUUGAAAUAAAUGUUGUAAAGGCAGUUACAUGCACCAGUCAUUAAGAUGAAUGAUAAAUGUUGAUACGUGCAAAAGAAGUGAUAUCUGUGCCGGAAAAAAGUUUCUUUGUUUACAGAUUUGUGUUCACACAUUUACAUUCACCAGCAGAAGCGGAUGGACAUUCCAAGCUGUCAAUAACGUAGGCACACGGUGGUUAGUAAGUGACUAGUAAGGAUUACUCUGUCACCAGAGAACAUCAUUGGCUGUGAGCUGCCCAGACUCCAAGACCUGUAUAGAUCCAGGACCAGAAAGCAUGCAGGCAAGAUCACCACAAACCCUUCCCGCCCCAGCCAGAACAUCAUCCAAACCCUCCCUUCUGGAAUAUGAUAUGGAACAAUCAGGACUUCAACAACAGAAACGCAAAAAUAGCUUUUUCCCUGAAGCAGUGUCCCUUAUCGUUUACAUUUAUAUUUAAUCAUUUAGUAGAUGCAUAUUCUCCAAAUCCCGUCCUGGGUGUGUC